UGGGUGUAAAAAGUGACAUUCAUUUCGUUCCAUUCAUUCGUUUACAAAUGUCAGUAAAGGCUAGGCGAUUUUGCAAUAUUGUGAAGAAAAACGUUGUUUACGACUGAAAAUAACAAAUGUAACCAUUAAAAUGUUAUCAGUUGUGUACGGAGUUAGGGCGUGUGCGCGCCAAAAUACUGUGGCAUCGAAAUAACGCCGUUUUAAAAGUGAAAAGGGCGUUUUACCUACCUCCUUUGAGGGAAAUCGUAUUCGCCCAAGUUCUCUUUCGGGAUCAUGUUAAAGUUUAAAAAAAUGGGAUCGGAUAAAGUGCCGCUGUUGCUGGUGACCGCCAACGUGGGAUCUAUCUUCGAGGACCCAUCCGUGAUGCUCCCGAUAUGGACCUCCGAGUUCCUCCAAGCCGUCUCUCGCAUGGACCCGAAGUUCAUAGCCCUCCAUCUCCAGGAAGUCGGUGGCAAGGCCUACGAGAAGUCCAUGCAGUACGUGAAGGACUUCGUGCAGAGGCUGUGUGACUGUCCGGAGUUGCGGCUGUAUGACAAGAUCAGGAUAUUCCUCGAUGAGGAUUUUAGUUCCCCGGAGAAAUUUACGGCACUCGGAAACAUGUACUUCGCGCACUCGUCUCUCACCGACCUGAAGAUCUGGGACUUCGAGCAGAAAGCCUACGUGGAGGCGACUGGGAAGGAGGUUCACAGCGGCAAUAUCGAGAAGGUCACUACUAAGGAGAAGACCAAGUUUCCGCAGCAUUUCUUUCCUGAGUGUAAGUGGUCCCGAAAAGGCUUUCUUCGUACACGGUGGUUGAUUCGCGGCACUGCUGUAGAAUUCGUGAACAUACAUCUCUUCCACGAUGCUUCAAAUCUGCUUGCGCUGCAGCCAUUUCCUUCGGUGUACUGCCGGAGCCGGCGGCGCGCGCUCCGCCACACGCUGGGCCACAUCCACUCCGACGUGCACGCGGCGCCAUACUUCAUCUUCGGCGACUUCAACUUUCGAACCGACACCGGAGGCGUCGUCAAGAAAGUGACAGAAGAGCUUACAGCGUGCAGACUUCAGAAUGGCAACGCCACAGAGUCGUCAAAACUCCAAUAUCGAGGGCCUGAUGGCAGAAUAGUCCUCACAGUAGGCAAGAAGGAAUUCGCUCAUCAGGACCAUCAGAAGAUCUUCCGUGAGCCCUGGUUGCAACGGUUCGAUCGCGAGCUAGAAGCGCUGCGGCCGCAUUUGUACGAGUUCCCCGUCAAAUUCCCACCGACGUAUCCUUUUGAAGAGGACGUGCAGUUGCCGACGCAUUACAUGAAGACUAGAUGUCCGGCGUGGUGCGACCGCGUGCUGCUGUCGCCGGCGGCGCGCCUGCUCGUGCAGCACGAGCCGGCGCGGCCCGAGGCCAGACAUCUGCACACCUCUAGGAAAUCUGUAGCGGACUCCACGGACAGCAGCGGCCGCGUGUCGUCCUCCGACACGUCGCCGGCGCGGUCCGGCUCGCCGGCACACAGCCAUCAGUCAAGCCCCGGCAAGACGUUGGAGAAGAAAUCGUCAGUGGCCGACCUGGACGCGCUGGCCGUGCCGGGCAUCGGCGUCGCCAGGAAGAGCAUCGCGGACCCCACCAGCGUGCAGCACGCCAUUAACUCCAGGAUUUUAAACAACUUGACCGAAGAUCGGGAUGGGGUAUCGGACGGCGAAGGUUCCCCGGCGCGCCGCAAGCUGGUCCGCAACCAGAGCGAGGGCUCGCCCAAGCCCAGCGACGUGUCCAGCGAGCUGCGCCGCCUCGUGGAGCUGCCCGCGCGCCGCCGCUGCGAGUACGGGGCCAUCGGCGACGCGGCCUGCAUGGGGGACCACAAGCCGAUCUACUUGCGCGUGAUGCUGCAAAGCGACCGAGGUAACUUUCGCCAAGAGUUCCACUCUGAAAACUCACCGAAACACCAGAAGCCUGAAGAUCAAGACAUGAUGAACGACCUCCCUGACGCGCCUGCCUCGCGCUUCAUACACUUCAACGUCGACAGCCAGCAUAAUAUCUUCAAGGAAACUGAUAUUUAAAACUAAAUCUAAAUUAUAGAUAACGUUAGCAUAUUGAGAUGUUUCAGGGGUUUUUUGUAUGGAUAUUUUGCGUUGCAAUUUGGAAAAGUCCAAAAUGAGGUGAGUCCCUCUCUAUCUUAACUACUUACUUACUUACUCCGUUGACUCAGCGACCCAAAAUGAGACUUGGCCUCCGACACAAGACAGCGCCACUUUUCUCGGUCCUGUGCGACACUCGCCAAUUGUCGACUCGAAGCUCGCGCAGAUCCGCCUCCACCAUGUCGCUCCAGCGAUACCUAGGGCGUCCGAUAAGACGUCCUCCUGCUAGGCGACCCAGGUACGCUCUUUUUACGUUCCGAUCUUCGUCCAUUCUCUAUCUUAACAUAAAAAUAUAAAAAUGGUUCAGAACCAAGGACAAAUAAUAUUUUUGACUUGCCUUAAUUAUCUCUCAGGUUAGGUCAGGUCAAUUAUCUUUCAGAUGGAGGUUUGGCAAUUUUGUCACAGUUGGUCUUCUUUAUGCUAACAUUUUUUUUUUUUUUUUUGAAGGCGGUAAAAAUUUAUUUAAUUAUUUUCCAGAAGCACAUAUACUAAGCAUUAUUGACAAGUUAAUAAAAAAAAUUAUAUAAGUAAUACAAUUAACUAAACUAAAACUACUAUAUAAAACUAAAAAUCUAAAUCUAAAAUGGGCCCCCGUGACAAGGUACCGAGGAUGCUAACAUUAUAAACAAUAUUAGCAUUAAAUUUAGUCGUGCGCUCAUAGUACCAUUUAUAGCAUAAGUGCUAUAAAAACUUUCAUGCAUCAAAAACAUAACAACACGCAAUUUUACUAACAUCAUAAUUGUUAUUCAAUAUAGACAAUUAUAUAAUGACACCUGACAGUAACGAUGUCUGCAACUUGACAAUCACAAAAUGAACGGCGGAUUGUCAUUGUCACGUGACAAUUGUCAUGUGAAUGAAAUAGUCGCUUGUACAAAAAUGCAGAAACAUCAAAAGAGUUUCUGUAGGGAAUGCUAUGGUACUUGAUGACUAUUAAGUCAAUUUAUCUUUCGUCAAACAGAACUUAUUAUAUUGUUCAAUUAUACUCACUCGCAGUGCGACACGUUUAGUUCUGUAGUUUUUAUUCGUAAAAUAUGUUCUACUAGAUGUAGGAGGUAGGUACCUAUAACUACAUUGGUUUUUGCUAAAAAAAAAUUAACUUAGUUGUGUCAAUAUGUAAUUUAAUAAAAUACUACCCGCUAUUUCAUUAAAUUGUUAAAUUCAAAGGAGGUUAUUAAAUGAAAAUCUAAAUUUUAAAUAAAUAUUAUCAUGGACAUAAGCUAUGCUUUGUGUAGAACAUGGAUAAAUAAUGUUUUCCAAAUACUAUUCUAUUUAAUCUAGUUAUUAAUUAGGUUAUUUCAAACUAAGUUAGUCAUUAUGACACAUACUUCUAGUCCAUUUAAUUUAGAUGUGUUAGAUAAGAAUACUUAUUAUACUUACUUGUUUUAGUCAAAUAUGAAGUCUCGAAUAGUUAGAUAUGUUAAUCAAUCUAUGGCUGUCUUUACCUAGAGCAUAUUAAGCAACAAACGGUGUAUUCAGCAGGUUGCUUACAGUGUUUGCAAGUUAUUUCAUCAUAAAACUGAUUGUUUUUUUACUGCUUCUCUUCUUCACGUUAAUCUCUUCAAUUGAUAUUGGGAACAAUUUCACGAAUAUUUGUCUGGAUACUUAAAGUUGUUACAUCUUGCGGGAUCUGGGGAGUUGUGUACGUUAAGAAUAUGAGUUUUGUAAAUUUCUUGGAAAGUAUAAUGUACCAUUUGCAAUAAACGUGUUUUCUUGAGUUCACGUAGACAGACUUUGGAGAUACUGCUACCAGUCAAGUUACUCCAUAGGUACAAAACAAGUUGGAAAAUGAGUUUAAAGAAGGGAAGUCAAUAUUAUCUAUUAAAAAAAUGUAGCCAGGAAAAAAAAACAGGGUAAUUUUGUUUGCCAUUAAAGCAAUUUAUUUCAAUUUUGAACGUAUUUAUUUUGAUAAAUAUAUCAUACUUAUAGAACAUUUACACGGUAUAUAUAUGCUUCGUUAUAAGGUAGGCGUUUUAGAGCCAUAUAAAAUAGGAAUUUGGGCCACAGCAAUGUAUCUUAUGCAAUUAAGCAAUGGUUAACCGUAUUUAAACAUAAAUAGCUAUUGCGCCAUCUUUCAAUUCUAGGACUUCGAAAUUAAGCAAAUUAAAAACUAGAUAUCAAUUCAUAGUCAUUGACUAUAUUUCCUAAAAGCAAUUUGGCAAUUUCAUAUAUACUUGCCAUUAUCAAUAGUGGAAUCGACGAUAUUUGAACGCUAAUCAAAAGAUUAUGGCGCUGAGCAUACUGAAUCCGUUCGCACGUCGCGAGCGGGAUGUCGCUAUAAUACGCGCAUAGCGUUGUUUCGUUCAACCAAUGGAGCGACGUGCGAAUCGGAUCCAAUGUGCUAAGCGCCUCUUAUACUAUACCUGUUGUUGUAUGAAUAAAUUUAACAAGUACCUACAUUUUAUCAGUAUCACACACCAUAGCUUAAAGUGGAAUUUCAAUCAGUACCUGUUAUACUAUUAAGGGCUUAUUAACCAUAUCAAAUACGAUUCUCUGUUUGUUUAACUAUAUUUAUAUAUUUUUAGAAGUUAGUUACUAGUUAGGCUUAUCAUUCCAUAAUAAAUCACAACAAAAUAUAGGUAGUCAAUGUUUUAGGUUGAUAAACUAGGAAAAAACACACAUGCAUCUAUUAUUUAUUCUAUUCUAGUUUUUGAAGCUUUAUUUACUUGUCAAUGGAAUAUAACCUUAGCCCUAUUUUCUCUAUAAUUACCUAGAAAUCUAGUAUUAUCUCACAAGUUACCAAAGAAGAUUAUUAAUAGAUGUGAAAGUUAAGUAUUAUAUGAUAUGAUAUGAUAUGAUAUGAUAUGAUAUAUUAGAUAAAUUCGAUUUCAUGCCUAUGUUCCUUUACUUCACUUAAAUCUUAUGUAAGGUGCCAUUGUAGUUAAAUAAAUAUAUUUAGAUAUUAAAUAAUGUUAAAGAAGAGGUAAAAUAUCCAUUUUUAUUAUUUGAAUCGUUGACGUAUAUUUUGGUAGGUAUAGCUAUUAUCAAAAAUAAUGCAGACCCAGGCAGAGGGACCUCUUUUUUAUUAUUAUCACAAACGAUAAUAAAUGAGUAACAAUUUGUCACACACUGCUUACUUCAAUUUUAGCUUAGCGCAUAUUUCAUGAAUUUGACAAUUCAAAUUGUAGACAAACAACAAGUCGUCUUACCUGUCUGUAAUUUUACUAUUUGGUCCAAUAUUGAAUACCAAAUCGUAAAAUUGGUAAAAUGAAGUCCUAAAAAUUAUGUUUAUGAUAAUACUAUAGAUCUGCGCAAAUUCAUCUAUCUAGUUGUGUUAACCAUUACCAUAGGGUAGCCAAAAAUUUGACUACGUUUUGUUAGCCAGCUAAGAAACAGGUAAAAGCCGAGUUUGCACGAGUAUUGUUCACCUGAACACCAAAUAUUCUAGAAGUUAUACACUAUAAAAUAAGUUUAUG